AUGCCUGAACCAGAGGAUAAUAUGGAUUCAGUGGGCAUUGGCAUUCAAUUUGACAGUCAGGAUGAUGAGGCAAUGGUAAUGGUGCCAAUGUCAGUAGAUGAACAAGAACAACCAUCACUUGAGACUCAGGAGCAAGGCAAAACCGAAGGAACUAAAAAAGUGGUCAUUGAUGUGGAUGAGAAGGAAACUGAAAAACCUCAGAGAAAGGAGUUGGCAUCAAGGUCUGAGAUGUGGCAAUAUUUUAUCAAGAUCAAGGAUGACAAAGGAAUUUUGAAGGCUGGAAGGUGCAAAUAUUGCCACCGUGAGAUCAAGGCUGACACAAGGGGACAUGGAACAUCUGCAUUGAAGAAACACUUUGGUACAUGCAAACGCAAUCCUCAUGUUUUCAACAAGGAUCCAAAGCAAGGCACCUUGCAAGCAUGUCGGGGGGAAGCACCGGCCACUUGGAGGUUUGAUCAAGAAGCACUUAGAGAAGCCUUUGCUGAGAUGGUAAUAGAAGAUGAGCAACCCUUUUGUUUUGGUGAGAAGGCUGGCUUUAGGAAAUUUAUGUCCAAAGCAUGUCCCCGAUUCCAAUUACCAUCUAGAAGAACUUGCACAAGGGAUAUUGUACAACAUUACUUUGAAGAGAAAGCUAAACUGAAGAAGUUCUUCAAAGAUUCUUGUCAGAGAGUGUGCCUCACAACAGAUUGUUGGACUUCUCAGGUUCAAGAUGGAUAUAUGACUGUUACAGCAACUUUCAUUGAUGAAAACUGGAAUCUGCAUAAGAAAGUGAUUAGUUUUUUUAUGGUAAAGGGUCAUAAGGGGGAGGAUAUUGGGAAGAACUUGACGAGAUGCUUAGCUGAUUGGGGUUUGGAUAGAGUAAUGACUGUAACAGUGGAUAAUGCAAGUGCCAAUGACUGUGGUGUUGAUUACUUGAGGAGGCAGAUGCAGAAAACCAACAUUGCCAAGGGCAAGUUUUUGCAUAUGAGGUGUGUAGCCCACAUUGUGAAUCUUAUUGUAAGAGAUGGAUUGCAAGAAGUGGAUCUCUCUAUUAAACGUGUUAGGGCUGCUGUUAGAUAUAUUAAAAAUGGAACUUCAAGAUUGGUCAAGUUUAAAGAAAUUGCUGAGGAAGAGAAAGUGGACAGCAAAGCUUUUCUCAAACUUGAUGUUCCAACAAGAUGGAAUUCCACAUAUUUGAUGUUGAAGGCUGCAAUUGUGUAUGAGAAAGUGUUCUUAAAGUUAGCUGAAGAUGACACUAAUUAUGCUAUUGAUCUGUCUGAAGAAAGGGAUGGUUUUGGGCAUCCUGAUGAAGAUGAUUGGGAUAAUGCAAAGAAGAUGGCACAAUUUCUACAACAUUUCCAUGACCUUACUGUUCGUAUCUCUUCUUCUCUCCAAGUCACUUGCAACACUUUCUUUCAUGAGAUUGGAGAAGUCCAUCUGUUGAUUCAGGAAUGGCUGAACAGUGAAGAUAAUUUACAAGUAUUAAUGGGGAUGAGAAUGAAAGAGAAAUUUGAUAAAUACUGGGGACUUUGGCACACCAACAGCAAGGAUAAUGACAGGCAGCAACAAGAGCAAGAUAGGGAUAAAGGGCGGAGCAAGGGCAGGGGGAAGGAGAAAGACAGGGAGAACAUCAAUUUAUUAGUAUUUGUGGCAGCAUUCCUUGAUCCAAGGUACAAGUUAUCUUUGUACACAAAGAUUAGCGUUGAAGAGAUAUUUGGUGAAGAAAGAUGUCAAUUGGUUUGGGCAGCAAUAAAUACUUGUGUGAGAGAGCUGUUCGAAGAAUACAGGAACAUGUAUGCUCCUCCAAGUGAAGAAACAACUCAAGUAAUUGAUGCUAAUCAAUCUAAGGGAGGUGCAGGAGGAAUGCUUAAAGAAAAAAUUGCCAAGAGGAUGAAACUGAGCAAUUGUUCUACCAGCACCAAUAAAUCUGAACUUGAGAAAUAUCUUGCUGAAGAAACUGAAGACACAGAAAAGAAAAUGGACAUUCUUAGUUGGUGGAAAGUCAAUUCAAAUAGGUUUCCAGUUUUGAGUCACAUGGCACGUGAUGUGCUUGCUAUACCCAUCACAACAGUAGCAUCAGAGUCCGCUUUUAGCACGGGUGGACGUAUCUUGGAUGACUUCCGUACCUCUCUUACUCCAUUCAUGCUAGAGGCUUUAGUAUGUACGCAGGAUUGGCUUCGAAGGCCUACUGUUGACAUGAGGGAGAGUACGGAGGAAUUGGCCAUUAUAGAAAAAGAGUGGAUAGAAGAAUUUGGCGGCAAAGGGAAAAAGCUUGAGCAGCCUUCUGUUGGCACAUGCACAUCCAGUUCAAAUUUUGUGAUGUUUGCUGACUUCCUGUAA